UUCCUAGCUCCCAUAGUGCAAUGCGAUUUAGCGGGUGUUUUGGUUUUUGGACUGUCGCCAGACGAGAGCAUAAUGUUGUUGCUCAUCAGCUAUAGAGCGCGUUGAAUUUACACAGUUGAAGGUGCUGCUCAUGACAGCCACCGAACAAUGUUUACCCUUCCUUCAGGUGCCAUGCUGAACCAGAGGGGGCAGCGCACAAGUCUGCUCAACCAGAAUGGAGAUGUUCUGUCCUUCCAGUUCAGUCAUGAUCUGGCAAGUGGGGGAGAGAGGCAGAGGGGAUCAGAACUGAGAGUGACCCGGAUGUCAUUCCAAAGGGAAACCAAGGCUUUUCCCAUCAAAUUCGAAGGAAAGACUGACAUUAACAAAAGCAGCUCCACCAGUGUCGAAGUUGUGGAUUGUUCCUCCGUGGUAGAUGUGAAAGUUGGACUAACUGUCCCUUGCGUCCUGCUCAAACGGUCCAAGAAGCAAGGAGCCCACUUAAAAUACCUUCUCUUUACACUGAGCCACUCUAAUUCUUUAAAUCCUCACCUGGAAUUUAAGGUUCCGUAUGAAAUCAAAGACAACCUGACACUUCUACAUGGCCCCACUGUGCUCUGGAGCAAUGCGGGCAUGAUUUAUUACAUAUCGUUGCAAGUGGGAGAAGUUAAACAAGUGCCUCUUCACCUAUCUUCAGUGAGUUUCAUAGGGGAGCUACCCCUGGACCAGAGGAAAAUUAUCAUAUUUGGCUCUAAAAUAUCCUCAACGGAAAGGACAGCCGAUGCACAGGCAGAUGCCUGGGGCCAGAGGAACGUUGGGUAUUUCCUGGAGGAGGGAAAAGAGUUUGAUGGAGCCUGGGUUUUGCCGCACGCUUACAGCUCCGUCGUGAAGUGCAUGCUUCUCCUCUCCACCGAGGAGGACGAGGGUGGGCCGAAGGUCACAGUGGUGGCAGCGACCAGCGGGAAGCAGCUGGUGUGGUUUGAAGGCGGAGCCCCCAGGGAUGUGUGCACUCUCCCAUUUGAGGAGCCUCAGAAUGUCAUGUUGGUCGACACCGGUCGCAACGGCUGCCUCUUCACCGUCUCAUUCAGCCAUGGGAAUGUGUGCACUGUGUGGAAAGACUCUUUCCAGGUGGCAUCCUGCUGGCAGGGAGUGUGCUCUCUGCUGGUAGAUGACUUUGUUGGCUGUGGUACUGACCAGGCACUGAUACUGUUUGACGACCCCUGCCCACCAGGCUCUGCGCCCACCAACUUCAUAAUCACUGACCUUGGUGACAUCACCUACACUAGCAGACCAGAGGGCAGCGAGGGGCUUCCUGGAGCUGACACUGUCCAAGAGAACCAUCUCCUCACUGUCCAGGCCUUAGAGUCCAGACUGCAGAGUGGAAUGGCCUCUGUUCAGGACCUCCAGAGGGACCUGGAGGAGAAGGAGAGAGUGAUCCUGCAGUCUGUCCGAGCCCUGACGGACCUGGUCUCUGGAAGAGAGCACUCCCUGCCCAGUGCCCAGCAGGAAGGCUUGGUAUCUCUGUGGGAUGAUGAUGAUGAUGAUGAAGAUGUGCAGGGCUUGGCUGAGGAGCUUCCGGCCCCUCCCCUGGCCCUGCCCCCUGUGGUAGAAAAGGUGUGGCACAGAGUCAUCGAGGACCGCCUGGUUGUCGGCGUGCAGUUGACCGCAGACUCCACCCCAUUGCUGGAGGGCGCUAGCGUGUCAUUGCUGAUUGAGGCAGGCCAAGGCCCCACCCCUCCAGUAAUUCGGGUCCGCAGCAGGUCCUUCCGCCCCCCCCCGCCCGCUGCCCUCGUUCCUGCUGCUCCGCCCGGCCUCGAGCCGCUGGCCAAGAGGAAGAGGCCGGACCCGACCAGCGAGCCGCGCCUGACCCUCACUGCUGUCACUGAGCUGGCCCCGCUCCUGGCGUGCGCUGGUCUCCCGUGCCGUGUCCUGCUCCACUUAGCCACCGGCCCCCGCAGGGCCGGAGGUCCACAGGUGACGCACUGCGGCUUCAUCUCGCCGGACAUCCAGGACGUGGCCCAGGGGAAACUCACUCCACGCUUGCUCACGGACCGUACCCUCACCACAGCUGAGGCCAGAGAGGACCUCCUGAGCCUGCUGGCAGCAUCAGACUCCUGGUGCUUCCAGAUCAGCUGCUCAGACCACACCCUGUUUGACGUGCCCCAGUGGCUGCUGGGAGCCCUGAGGUGCGAGAGGUUAGCGGUGCAGCCAGACUUUAUCCUGUCUGACCCAGAGCUUCUGUCCAGUGCCGCCCUGCUGUUUCAGUGGCAGGAGAGGACCACUUUCAUAGGGGAGCUGCUCGUCUACUACAGGGGCCUGCACCGUCUGCUCCAGUUCCUGGACUCCCUGUGCCGCCACCUGCCCUCGUCCCACCAGAUCCAGCCCCUGGGGAGGGAGCGCAGGGCGGGGCGGGCCCCCGGGCAGGACCCCGGGCAGGCCUUGGCCUCUUCCCUGGAGAGAGAGGCGCUGGCCCUGCGGGACGGGGUGGCGUCGUUGCUCCAGGGAGCCGCCAGCAGGGAGGACUCUGAGGGGCUGGGGUGGGUGGAGGGGACCGCAGACCCAGGCCCCACAGACGAGCUCCGCAGACGCAGGGCGGAGUGGGGGAGGGAGCGGGAGAGGAGCGGGAGGAGGCUGAGCCCCCUGGUGGACGUGGAGCCCUAUCGCAGGCUGGUCGCUGACCUGUCCCAGGUUCAGCUGGAGACUGACCUUUCCGCUCUCGCCCUGUGUGACGCCUGGCCUCUCCUCACCGCCCCUACCACCGACUCACCCAUACCCGCCGCCCCUAACAGAUAACGUGAUUAAACAGCAAUUUGCGCUAUCAUUCAAACAAA